UUUGGAAAACGAGAAUUCUACUUCGACAGAGAUCCUGACUCGUUUAAAUGCAUCGUAGAAGUGUACUACUUUGGAGAAAUCCAUAUGAAGCGCGGAAUCUGCCCUAUUUGUUUUAUCAAAGAGAUGGAGUUUUGGAAGAUUGACUUGAGCUACUUAGACGAAUGCUGCAAGAGUAACUUGACUGAGAAGGAGGAAGAGUUGGCAGAGAUUGCAGACAAGGUUCAAGUGAUCCUGGAUGAUCUGGACCGUGACCCUAACGUGAGUCGCACUGAAAGGUGGCAGAAGUUCCUCUGGAAGCUCAUGGAGAAACCAGAGUCCUCGCUCCCCGCACGCGUAAUUGCCGUUGUGUCCUUUCUGUUCAUACUAGUGUCAUCUGUGGUUAUGUGUCUCGGGACCAUACCGGACCUCCAGGUGGAGAAUUCCGAGGGGAACCGCGUUGAGCACCCGACCCUAGAUGCUAUCGAGGCGGCGUGCGUCGGCUGGUUCACGGUAGAGUACGUGCUGCGCCUCGCAUCAUCUCCAAACAAGGUGCGCUUCGCGCUCUCCUUCAUGAACAUGAUAGACUUCUUGGCCAUCCUGCCGUUCUACGUGGUGCUGGUUCUCACGUAUCUCGGCACGACAAUGAUGGAGCUGGUUAACGUGCAGCAGGCGGUGCAGGCGCUCCGCAUCAUGCGCAUUGCGCGGAUCUUCAAGCUGGCGCGCCAUUCUUCUGGCCUUCAGACGCUCACGUACGCGCUCAAACGGAGCUUCAAGGAGCUGGGGCUGCUCCUCAUGUACAUGGGAGUGGGCAUCUUCGUGUUCUCCGCUCUCGGGUACACCAUGGAGCAGAGCCACCCGGAGACGCUGUUCAGAAGCAUCCCGCAGUCCUUCUGGUGGGCCAUCAUCACCAUGACCACCGUCGGCUAUGGGGACAUCUACCCAAAAACCACCCUUGGCCGGUGCAACGCGGCCAUCAGCUUUCUGUGCGGGGUGAUAGCUAUAGCGCUGCCAAUCCAUCCCAUCAUCAACAAUUUCGUCAUCUAUUACAACAAGCAGAAGGUGCUGGAAACCGCCGCCAAGCACGAGUUGGAACUCAUGGAGCUGCGCGCGCUCGAACUCGCAGUGAAAAGCUCCUCGCGCAGGUGUGACGCGCCCGGGAACACGUGGGAAGGUGCCAUGCGCGCGUCGCGUAGCGAUACAUACAUCCCGCUCCUUUUAGGAGCGCAGAGAACUGAGAAGGAGCCCGUGAAGAAGAAAAGCCUGACUUAGGACAAAAGUGAAAGAAACUCGAAAAGCACUUUAAGUUUCACGAGAGCUUGUGUUAUUAUGGUCAUUGUGCGCUAUAAAUAGGGUGACCAUACGGGCCAUUUUUACGGG